ACGACAGACGCAGUCCUGGGACCCCCCGGAACGCACCCACACCCGCAGAAAAGGGACCCAUGCUGGGCCACAUGGCAGAGAAUAAACCAUACCGCUAUGGCCUCAUCACUCUGGGGUUGGUGCUCGUUGCGCUGGGCGUCUUUCUGAUGGCCGUGGAGGAGCCGCAGGUGUUCAUCAUGUUCUGCACUAUGGGUGCACUGAUGGUAGCUGUGGGAGCAGUGUGGAGCGUAUGCCAGUGCUAUCCAAGGGUCACGCUCAUACUUGCGGAGGAGGAAGCACAGGGGAGCAGUGGGAAACCGGAGCUGUGUGCAGGAGCGGAAGCUCUCCAGAUCAGUGACACUUUGACAGAAUGCUUCAGGGCACCUCUGGCUAGUUUCAGUGAUGAUGGAGAGGGGACUGAAGCCUCCUUGCAAACCCAGACAGAGAGCAAAGUUCCUAAGCUCCCAGUCACCGCCCACAGUUCUCCCAGUGUGCACCGGGGCCUUUCAAGCGCCACUCGUCUCGGCGGGACUACUGAGCUGAGCCCCGAGGCUGAGUUGUACUACGGGAAGGUGGAUGACUCCUGCUACUUCACCUCAGAGCUGGACAGUGAAUGAAGCGCCGAGAGUUUGCUCUCCUUUUAAAUCGGUGGCGCCUGUAACUUCUCUGGGUAUAUAUGCGAUACGGGCGUAGCAAAUACCGAGUGACGCUACCGCACUUCUCCAAAUUCAGCGAUGUCAUAACAGCACACACAUGCAUCCAAGCUAGUGACCUUUGGUUCAUAUUUCCAUGGAGACACAAGGACAGCAGUGAAUGCAGUUAAUAAGGGAGAGGAAGUUAAGCAACUCUCUCUCAUAUAUAUAUAUAUAUAUAUAUAU